AUGGCCGCCCGGGCGCUGCUGCGGGCGGUGCCGGCCGCGCUCGGGGCCCCGGCCCGCGGCUACGCCAAGAAACCCGUCGCCAAGGCCAAGAGCAAGGGCGCGCCGAAGGAGGCGGUGAAGGGGCCGGAGGUGUGCACGGACCCCACCAUGCUCGCCACCCACGCCAUGGGGGUCAACUACUUCAAGGAGGGCCCGGAGGUGGCCCUGAAGCCCGACUCCGAGUACCCCGACUGGCUCUUUAAGAUCCACCUCGGGCCCCCCAAGAAGCUGGAGGAGCUGGACCCUGACUCGCUCGAGUACUGGAGGCGCCUGAGGAAAUACAACACGUGGGAGCGCAACAAGUUGAAGAAGGGCAAGAAGCUGUAGGUGCUGCCAAGCUCAGGGCUGCCCCAUGUGCCAGCACAGGUGACACUGGGACUCGCUUCUGCUUUUGGUCUCCUGAUGUAAAUAAGAAAUAAAUUUGG